AAAAAUACCCAACGGCUCUUCUAAGAGCCACCCACAUCUUCAGAAAGAGCUCUUUUCAUAAUGUUCUGAGUUAUUUUGUAGUCAACUUAUGGCAUAGCCUACUCUAUAAGUUUUAUAUUAUUAAAACGUUCGUAAGGUAAACGUUUUGGCACACUAACAAAGACUUAUGAGAUGUUUUAAUCUCGAGUUUAAAUUGAUUAAUUAACGUUACCUCGUGUUCUCUCCAAUAACGUAUUAAAUUGUGUAUAAUAGUAUGUAAAUAAAAUUGCGUUUUUUUUCUUGUUCGUCAGCACAAAAAACAUAUUGAGCGGGAAAAUCUGAGAGCAUGUGUGGGGGAGGGUACGGGAAGCAUUCAAAUUUAGAAGCCUGUGAUUGGCGGAUAUGUUUGUCCAGCUCCCUAUUUCUAACUAAUGAAAUUUGUUUUCUCCAUUCGUUGUGCAAAAACAGCCAAUCAGGCAAGGUCAACCCAGCCUCCUAAAUUAGCAUGAGCUUUCGAUAAAUACCCAGUACGCUAGCAGACAGAAAGCUAUUGUGUUCUUUCAACACUCGCAUCAUGCCUGAACCAGCGAAGUCUGCUCCCAAGAAGGGCUCCAAAAAAGCCGUCACUAAGACCGCGGCUAAAGGAGGAAAGAAGCGCAGAAAGUCCAGGAAGGAGAGCUACGCUAUCUACGUGUACAAAGUGCUGAAGCAGGUGCACCCUGACACCGGCAUCUCUUCCAAGGCGAUGGGGAUCAUGAACUCUUUCGUCAACGACAUCUUCGAGCGCAUCGCCGGUGAGUCGUCUCGUCUCGCUCACUACAACAAGCGCUCCACCAUCACCUCGAGAGAGAUCCAGACCGCCGUGCGUCUGCUGCUGCCCGGAGAGCUGGCCAAACACGCCGUGUCUGAGGGCACCAAGGCCGUCACCAAGUACACCAGCUCCAAGUGAAGCGUGAUCUGACUCCGACAACCCCAACGGCUCUUUUAAGAGCCACCCAUGUUUUCAGUUAAAGAGCUUUAUGUAGUUAUUUGUGGUGGGUUAAGUCAAUAAACCCAGAACUACACUUAUUUUCUUUCUCGACUUUUGAGGAAACAAAGUAACAGAUAUGCUUUAACUGUUACUAUACUAUUAGUUAACGCUUAAACCACUUUUGGUCUUUAACGUAAUCCGGCAUCUGAAGAUUAGAAAAAUCAAAAGAAUAGUAUCUGCAAUGGUUUAUAACUGCACAAAGUUAAAGUAUGAAAAAAAAAAAAACGUUUCAGAGUGAAGCUAAUUAUUGUGCAACGGCCACAAAGUGAAAAUAAAACUUGCUUAAAACAAACAAACAAAAAAAUAUAUAUAUAUAUACUUCAGAUGUCAUGUGGUUAUUAAAUGUGAACAUGUCAUUAAUUAUUUAAAUAGUAACUUAAAAUCUCGGGGUAUCUUGAGCAAAUAUUUUACAUCUAAGGGGUUUGGCAGACAACAGCAACAAAAGAGUUAAGAAACUAUUGAUGUAGAGAAACAAAUUCAGCUCACAAAACAAGUUUGGUAGACAUCCGAACAAGACUUUUUAAACUCACCUUAACCCUUUAACAGUCACACUAAGCAAAGCAAUAAACAAACAAAGCAUUAGGAAUCACUAUG